AUGAUUCCUCCAAAUAUGAAAGUUACAGACUUACAUAACAUAUUUUAUGAUAAUGGAGAAAAGGUAAAUCAGUUGUAUGCGAUCACUGAAGCAAAUAUCAAUGUUAAUAAAUUCUAUGACGCCGAUUUUAGUGCUUUAACUUGUUUGACUAAAUUUACUUUAAAAGGUGGGAAAUGUAGUGUGAAAUUGCCAACUUCACUUGUCGAGCUUACUCUUUAUGGGAGUUCAAAGGCAGUAAAUGUGAAUGAUUUGAAACAACUUAAAAAGUUGAAUGGAAAUAACUUUGAUAAUAAUAACCCAGCCAAUACUCCUUGUCAAGCUGUUGACGAAAACGAAGAAAAUGAAGAACAAAACGAUGAGGGAAGAACAAGGACCAAUAGACUUACAACCCAACUGGUAA